GCAAGCUGGCCUUGCCAGACAUGCAGAGUCAACUCGACGAACAGCAGCACUCUGGCACCGUGUGCACAAUCACCCUCUUCUUCUUCCUUUUUAAAAUUGUAUUUUUGUUUAUUUAUUUGACACUUUUGCAAAUGGCAGUUCUACGCAUGCCUGGCUUUGACGGUAGUGGGCAUUGUGAAGGCACUGGUCCUUGACUGCAGAGGUUUGAGUGGAAUAUGUGUUGAACGCAUUUAGUAUCCACUUAGGUGGGACACGUGAACUGGAUCUUUUUCUCCUACGGCUGUAAACUUUGACAUUGGUUGUGCAAAAUGAAGAAAUUCCUCCAGAACAAGAAAGGGAGAUACUCCUUACGGCAAAACCAGAAGUCUGGCCCUCGGUAUUCACCUAAAGAUUUCUUCUUCACAAUGCCAGCAUCCAACCAGGGCUGGCCCGAGGAGUUUGGCUUCCAGCUUGGAGGCAAUGGACCCAGCUAUAUCCUCUCUGUGGAGGAGGGGAGCAGCGCCCACCUCUCCGGCCUGCAGCCUGGAGAUCAAGUGCUGGAGAUCGAAGGGCAGGACGUCUCCACUCUCGGAACCCAGGCCCUCACUGCCCUGGCCCAGACCCAGAAGAACAUCCCACCCAGUAUUGGGGUGGUCUCAAGAAUCCAACAGAUGGACAUCACUCCAGGCCCUGAUGGUCGCUUUGGCUUCACCAUAGUGGGAGACUGCCCCCUGUUGGUGGAGGACUGCUCUCCUUGCUCCCCAGCCGGGCGCAGUGGUCUGAGGGCAGGGGAUUAUGUGAUGGAAGUGAACGGCAUCCCCGUGAAGCAGCACGAGACAGCGGCCGCGCUGAUCAAGGCGUCGCAGGGCCGCACGCUGCGUCUGGGUGUGCUUUGCAUGGGCGGGCGACAGAAGCGUAGCAGCGGCAGCAUGGAGGACUACCAGAGGGGCCACGACGGCACAAGGUUGGACCGCAAGCACAAGGCGCUGGAGUUCAACAAGAGGAUUGAGGAGGUGUUGGGAAGUGACCCUGAGGUGAAGGAGAAACUGUUCUCCGUACUCAAGCAGUUUGCUGCUGAGAGGAAGGUGGACUGGCUGGCGUCCAUUCUUCCUGAUAUCUUGACCACCGAGGAGCAGCAACAACUCAUUUCUAAUAUCAGGAUCUUCAUCCCCAAGAAGCACCGGCAGCGCUUCGACGAAGCGGUUGCGCAGAGCCUCCUCCACCGCAUGUGCCGCAGCAAGAGCCUGAGCGAGCCGGGCCAGAGCCGCCUGCGGAGGAGCCGCAGCCAGGACCGCCACGAGCGGCCAGUACCCUGCAAGCGAGCCAGCUCGGCACCCAGGGACAGUGGCGAGGAGGCGGCGCGCACACAGAAGAAGAGCUCGUCUGGGAUCCCCAGCGUCCCUCUUGCCGGACCCAACCAGAGGACCAUCCGCGUGUACAGAGGAAAGAAGAGCUUUGGGUUUACUCUCAGAGGUCAUGCUCCCGUGUGGAUUGAUUCCGUCAUCCCAGACAGUCCUGCGGAGGAGUGUGGUCUCAAACCAGGUGAUCGCAUUCUCUUUCUCAAUGGGCUGGAUAUGAGGAACUGCUCCCAUGAGAAGGUGGUGUCCAUGCUGCAAGGCAGUGGCGCCAAUCCCACUCUGGUGGUGGAGGAGGGGCCGGCGGUGUAUGCCACCUCGGACUCCGAGCCGGAGGACACACCCCCUCUGCCACGCUCCAUCUCGCCGGCGCUGAGCUCCCUGCAGUGGGUGGCCGAAAUCCUGCCCCCCAGCAUACGUGUGCACGGACGCACCUUCAGCCAGCAGCUGGAACACCUGCUCACGCUGCAAGAGAGAUACACUAUCUGCAAAGCCCUGGAAACCUUCUUCCAGCACAGGAAUGUGGACACCCUGAUUGUGGACGUGUUUCCAGUGCUGGACACGCCCGCCAAGCAGCUGAUCUGGCAGUUCAUCUACCAGCUACUGACCUACGAGGAGCAGGAGCGCUGCAAGAGCAAGAUCUCACGCUUCCUGGGCUUCAAGAGCGCAGAUACUGAUCUGGCGUCAGACAAUCACAGGCGAAGCAGCUCCAUGAGAGUAACUGGAACGUCCCACCGAAACAGUGUGAGAGAAAGAAGCUCCGAUGACUGCAUCAUUGGCACCCAUCUAGGAAUGGGAACUUUCACUGAGCCUGCAGCCCCAGGAGAGAGACAGUGUGGGGAUGGGACCUCCUUCCCAGAGUCCCCUGAUUUGAACCAUAUAUCAGGGGUGUACACAGAGCUGGAGAGGGCAUGUACGGGGAAGAACGUCAAGCCUCUACAGAGUCACUCCUCACCCGGGACUGAGAGCAUGGGCCAUACCAAGAGCCAUGCUCUCACUCGCCCCUUCACACAUGCUAACACAGGGAACCGUAAGUUGGGCCUGUCUCUGUCAUGGAAGGAGCCCAUGGCCAGCCAUCAGUAUGAGAUGUACCAGCCCACUGUCCCCUCUCCAGGAAGCAUGGACUCAAACCCCUAUGUCAGCCUGGACAGCCCCCCUGCCUCCCCUCAUCACUCAGACGAAGCCCCCAGUCCACAAUCCUGCCGCAGGAAGCUCUUCACCUUCUCUAGACCCCCACGCAGCCGAGACACAGACAAGUUCCUAGAUGCUCUGAGCGAGCAGCUCGGCCAUCGUGUCGCAAUUGUAGACGACUUCAUAGGAGGCGAAAACGACUACGAAGAGAUGAGUUUCCAGGAUGAUCAAGAGAACGCUUUGCCCCACGAGCUCAGCAGUGCCAGCAGUGAGGAUCACAGCAGCGAGGACUCUUCGAUGACCUACUCAUCCGGAUCAGACCACAUCCCACCUCCACCACUGAGUCCCCCACCUCCACCCCCACCGGUGCAGUUCACUGACCCGCCCUCACCCAUCUGCCUUACCCCACAGCACAUGCUCCAGCCCCCCGCUGCCUUCCAGAACCAUCCCAUCAUAGCCCCUCCACCACCCCCUCCCCGCUUUUUCCUCUCCAACCGACCGUUGCUGCGCAAAGUUCUGCCAAAACGGGAGGAGGUCAGGUUGCAGCACACUCAGCCCCAGGAGGCCUGUCCUCAGCCCGCCAUUCAGCCCAGCCGGCAGCUGCACCAGCCAAAGGCCCACCCCAUCCUGCAGUCCACUCCCCAUCUGCCACACGCCUUGCCCCGCCCCCCUCUGCGCCACCAAGCCCGCUCUGUUUACCAAAGCGAGCCAAUCUCCUCCUGCAGGAUCUCCCACAACCAGUCCAAAGCUCAAAGCCACACCCCCCAGCCUUCCCACAAGACCUAUGAGAGUGCCCUCUUAAACAAGACAUCACCCCCUCCCCCACCACCACUGCCCCCACCCUGUGAACCCCCGCCUCUUCCAAAAUCCAGCUCUCAUGCUUCUGACACCAACCAUAUGAGUGUUAAGAGACUCCGCUGGGAACAGGUUGAAAAUUCAGAGGGCACCAUCUGGGGAGAGCUUGGAGAUGACCCUGAUUAUGGUAAAUUGAGUGACAUGGUGAAAUACCUCGAUUUGGAACUGCAUUUCGGCACGCAAAGGAGUUCUAUCUCUCUUCCAGAGCCCACCUUUCUGCCUGAGAGCUUUAAAAAGAAAGACUUGGUCGAGAUUCUCUCUCACAAAAAGGCCUACAACGCUUCCAUCCUCAUCGCUCACCUGAAACUGUCCCCGGAGGAGCUGCGUCAGGUGCUCAUGACCAUGACCACGGAACGCCUGGAGCCUGCGCACAUCAAGCAGCUGCUUCUCUACGCCCCUGACGAUGAGGAGGUCAAGCAGUUCCAGCAGUACAACCAGGACCCUGCUAAGCUUACCGAACCUGACCAGUUUGUCCUUCAGAUGUUGCUAGUGCCUGAAUAUAAAACUAGAUUGCGAAGCCUCCUUUUUAAGACCACUCUGCAGGAGAAAACUGAAGAAAUGCGAGCUGGCUAUGAGUGCAUCUACAAAGCCUCCUUAGAGCUCAGAAACAGCAAGAAACUGGCAAAGAUCCUGGAGUUUGUCUUAGCAAUGGGCAAUUAUCUUAACAAUGGCCAGCCCAAGACAAAUAAACCUACAGGCUUCAAAAUCAACUUUCUUACUGAGCUAAGUACAACAAAAACAGUUGAUGGGAAAUCAACCUUCCUUCACAUUUUAGCCAAGUCACUAUGCCAACAUUUUCCAGAACUUCUAAACUUUGCAGGAGACCUUAUAACAGUUCCACUUGCUGCCAAAGUCAAUCAGAGAACCAUUACAACAGACCUAAGUGAUCUCCACUCAACCAUCAAGGAAAUCAGGACUGUCUGUCUGAAAAUCCCAGCCACAGCAGAGGAUCGGUUUGCAACAGUCAUGAGUAGCUUUCUGGAAAACUCCCAUCCAGUGGUGCAGUCUCUGGACUCCUUACAGCAGAGAGCCAUGGAUGAAUUUGGCAAGAUAGCCUCAUACUUUGGAGAAGACAGCAAGGCCACCACCACUGAAGGUUUCUUCGGCAUCUUUGCAGAGUUCAUCUCCAAGUUUGAGAGAGCGCUAAGUGAAACCCAGACAACAGAAAACCCCAGGAGCCCUUGCAUUGCCUCACCCUUAGUCUGGUGAGAACAUGCCUUAUAAAAUGCUGCUCUUCCUGACUAAGAGCCUUCAUGUGCCAAGAACAGAACUUCACAACACUGGAAGCAAAGAACUUAAUCUUAGGUCAAAUUUAUAGCCAAGCUAUUUAUAACUGAGUUAAAAAUUAACUUCGAUAUAAAGAAUAUAUAUUUUAUACAACUCAAGAGACAUCAAAAAUAUAUCAAGUAAAUGAAGUAUACUUGAAGUAUAUGAAAAUAUAUUAACUAUAUAGAUUAAUUAUAUGAAAGUGUUUCCAGAUUUACAGCAGCAAAAGAGAAUGUAAUGGGAAUGUCAGCACUUUAGGUUUCUUUCACCCACAGAUGAUGGUUCUGCGGUUAGCUCUUCAAUGUUAUUUAUUGGUAAAUACAUACCAAAAACUUAAAAGUCUCAUGCAGUAAGACAACAAUAUUGCAAAUGAGAGAUGGGUGUUAAUCAUCAGCAUGUCAAAUGUACUUUAAUAUCUAAAUGUUAAAAGGAGAUAUUUCUUCUCAGCGUUAUUGUUAUCACUAUCGGUUUCCAAGAGUGCACCCAUCCUAUGUAAGACCGGGCACUUGCGCAUGGUUCAGCCGAUCAGUGGUGAAGCUGUGUAUGAGAACCUGCAGUGCAUAUUAUAAAGCUGAAAGUCAUCUAUGAUUUCUCUCGCUGUGAUGAUUCAAACUGGAGCGCAUAGGUACAAAUGUAGUCUCUAUGAAAUGGCACUGUGUUUACAUCCUGUUUAUUUCAUGUUUACAUGGUGAAAUUAUUAUGCAGCUUGGCUGACUAAAGGUCAACUUGUCAUUGAAAUAUUGUUUGAUAUAAGCGUUAAUGUUCUUUCCGCCUGAUGUCUUGUGUUCACAGAAAUUUGAGUAGCCUACGUAUUAAAUCCAAAUGCAUGGUUUUACUUAUUGCCUGUUCUUGUGUCAAAAACAUUCAAGUUACAUUUUUGUCAGUCCUCCUUUCUGCAAGCCAGAGUCAGUAUACUGAGAAAUAAACCUUCAAUUUGCAUGUAGCAUUGUAUUUCUUUUUGUUAAUAAAAUAUUAAUGUUGUUAGCAUAUUCUUGUGUAGGCCUACAUCAUUUUUUCUUUAUCCAUUAUGUUACCAUUAAUUAGUUAGAUUAGAACUAUUAUUUGUGUGAGUAGCAUUAUAUUUAUCCCAUUUAAUUAUUUCAGCUUAAAUUUCUAUGGGCCACAUAUUGGAUUUUAUUCAGUUGUGUAAUUUAUAUUGCCUGAAUAAACAAACCUAAUGACAA